CCCGCAGCGCCGCCGCUCCCGGCCGCGCUUCCGCCCGCGCCAUGGCGGGGAAGGCGGCCGCGGCCGGCGCCGGGGUGCUCCUGGUCACCGCCAACGUCGGGUCCCUCUUUGACGACCCAGAAAAUUUACAGAAGAAUUGGCUUCGGGAAUUUUAUCAGGUGGUCCAUGCACACAAGCCCCAUUUCAUGGCUUUACACUGUCAAGAAUUCGGAGGGAAGAACUACGAAGCUUCAAUGUCUCAUGUGGACAAGUUCGUGAAAGAACUGUUAUCAAGUGAUGCGAUGAAAGACUACAACAGAGCUCGAGUUUACCUGGAUGAGAACUAUAAAUCACAGGAACAUUUCACGGCUCUAGGAAGUUUUUACUUUCUUCAUGAAUCUUUGAAAAACAUCUACCAGUUUGAUUUUAAAGCUAAGAAGUAUAAAAAGGUUACUGGGAAAGAAAUCUACUCUGACACUUUAGAAAGCACGCCCAUGCUGGAAAAAGAGAAGUUUCCACAGGAUUAUUUCCCUGAGUGCAAGUGGUCCAGAAAAGGUUUCAUUCGAACAAGAUGGUGUAUUACUGAUUGUGCCUUUGACUUGGUAAACAUUCAUCUUUUCCAUGAUGCUUCCAAUUUAAUUGCUUGGGAAACAAGCCCAUCGGUUUACUCAGGAAUACGGCAUAAGGCUCUUGGCUAUGUACUUGAUAGAAUUAUAGAUCAGCGGUUUGAGAAAGUUUCAUAUUUUGUCUUUGGAGAUUUCAACUUUAGACUGGAUGCCAAAGCAGUAGUAGAGACACUAUGUGCAAAAGCCACAAUGCAGACUAUCCGGGCAGCUGACACAAAUGAAGUAGUCAAGCUAAUAUUUCGUGAAUCUGAUAAUGACCGAAAGGUUAUGCUGCAGUUAGAAAAGAAGCUCUUCGACUAUUUUAAUCAAGAUGUAUUUAGAGACAACAAUGGCACUGCGGUGUUGAAAGAAAAAUGCUGUGGGAAGCACAGGCUGAAAUCCUUCUCUCUGCUGCUCCCAGGAGCUGCCUCCAGCAGUCCUCACUGCCAGCAGUGCCCGCAGGCAGAGCCCUGCUGGGUGAAAGGUGUGCCCUGCCUCGCCUGCCCCAGCACCCACCUGCUGGCACCCGGCAGCUCUCCACACAAGGAGGGUACAAAUUUGAAUCCCUGCUGGAAGAGGAACAUCUCAGUGUUCGGUGUCUGGAAGUUCCCAAUGACCUUGCGAGGUGCUUGGCUCUCUGUGAGGGAGGCACGGAGAAUGACUGGAGCUCCCCACACACCCCCAGGGGCACACCCAGCAUUCGUUUGCCUCUGUGGUCCUGCCUGUUCCCCAAAAGACUCAUGUCAGCCAAGCCUGCCUCAUGGGCCUCGCCUGGGGGAAUCUUCAACCCACAGUGGGAGUUUUGCCCAACUUUUAGAAUUUGACAGAGAGCUGUCAGUCUUUAAAGACAGAUUGUAUGAACUGGACAUCUCCUUUCCUCCCAGUUAUCCCUACAGCGAGGACUCUAGCCAGGGAAGGCAGUACAUGAACACGAGAUGUCCAGCCUGGUGCGACAGAAUCCUGAUGUCCCACUCAGCCAAGGAGCUCAUUCUGAAAUCAGAAAAUGAUGAGAAGAUAGUAAUAUAUGACCACAUUGGGCCAAAUGUCUGCAUGGGGGAUCACAAGGAAAAAGAUGCCUACGAAGUGAGAAGAUUUUCCGUGAAACCACACUGUAGCCAGGAGGGAAGACAGCACACUGAAAUCUGUAAUCCUAACAGCUGUAUUGAUAAAUCCAGUCCUGAGUGCCACAUUUUUAGACUGCUGAUCGUACACUAUGCUUCAGCAUCUGGACUCUGUUUGAGAGAAGCCUCACAUACCUCACUGUCUUGUAUGUUCAUGUGACAUCAAGUAGAAAUGUGGAAUUAUUUUUUAUAUAUAUGUCACAGUUCUGUUGCCAAAACUCUAAAUAGACAGCAGAGAUGCUAUGUAUUCUAGAUUUCACAACUUUCAACUUUUACUAAGUGUAUUUGUCAAUGUGGAAAAGCUAUUUCAGCAUAUUAUAAACUUUUAAAGGUAUCAUGCCCCUUAUACAUCUUUACCACUUUGGGAUUUUGUACAUUGGAUUGUAUAGAUAGAGAUAUUGAUGGUUUUAAAUGGUAUUUUCUUUUUUGACCAAGGCUUAUGGUUUGUGUUUUAGUUUUAGUAUUUUGGUUUUCAUUUUUUUAAAUUUUUUUCUCAUUUUAUUUACUAUACUGCCAUGUUACAUGGUUUUUGAAUCACACAGCAGCUGCUUUCUAUACAUACAUAUAUAUGUGUGUGUAUAUAUAUGUAUGUAUGUGUAUAUAUACACAGAUAUAUAAAUAAUUUAUAAACCUGACCAAAACUUAUGCUAAAUAUACUUUCCAAUAUGAAUGCUUGAGAGUGCCAUAUCAGCAGUAAGUGUUGGAGUCUUAGCAGGUUUAGUUAAGUGUACAUCAACAACCAACAUUUAUAUAAUAAAUAAUAUAUAGCAGUGCCAUCCUGGAUACAGAUAUAUAGCAUACUAUAUAGCACAUAUAUUAGCAGUUUCACUUUGUUACUCCUAUAAUCUCUUCUUUCUAUGUAAUAUUAAGGAUUGAAUGUGAAGUUCUUAGCUAGGUUUGGGUGUAACUUUCCAGAAUUUUGUAAACUGUUUUUGUCAGUCUUUUGUUACUGUUUUAUGGUGCCAUAUUCGAUAUUGAAACAAUAACAUCAUGGGAGAAGAAAAUAAUCAUCUGCUUCAAGUAGCAACUGUAUUGGACACAGACUGUAUUUAUACAGUGUUAAAGGAAAAAAAAAGACCAACCAUCAACCCAACUGUAAAUUUUCCUGGUUAGUAGCUCAGUGCAGCCUACAAUAUAGUCUUGUUACAGACAUUUUCCUCCCACCACUAAAUACAACAUUAAAAGGUGAUUAGGGAGUCUGUUGAUGAAACACAAAUGUAUGUUUUAUUGAUUUAAUUUAGAACACUACAGAGUUCAUAGACUGCGCGAUGGCAUUAGAUUGAUGCUUGAUUUUGGUAUAAAUCACUACCACUGAAAAUGAUUUGAUGUCCGCUUGCAGAGUUUUCUCAACAGUACAACCCAGUUUGUAGCAAGUAUUGUUGCCCAAAGGGUGUCUGCAGCUCUGUAUUGUUAUUGUGCCAUGUUGCAUUAUAACCACACAGUAAUUCUAUUUAAGCAAACUCAACUCAUGAUAACUCUGAAGGCCUUUAGAAAUGAGUACUCUGGUUCUCAAGCAAUAAAACUAAUCAUGGUGAA